AUGGAUAUUGUUCUCUUAACAGCAAUUCUACUAUUCUCCAUUUAUUUUAUUUCACUUCUCCAAAGAGGAAAAGGUCGAAAUCUUCCUCGCGGAUCUCUGGGCUGGCCGGUGAUUGGGGAGACGUUGAGCUUUUUAAAGGCUCAAAAGACAGAUUCCGGCGCAAACUGGAUCGACGAUAGGGUGAAGAGAUAUGGAAAGGUGUUCAAAACCUCUUUAAUGGGUGCGCCCACCAUAGUUAUGGUGGGUCAGGCCGGUAACAAGUUCAUUUUGGGUUCGGACGAGGAUAUCCUCGUCGCUCAACAGCCUAAAACAUUGUCAUCUAUUGCAGGCAAGAACAACAUAAUUGAACUCACAGGUUCAAGAUACAAAUUAAUAAAGGGGGCAAUGUUAAGUUUCUUAAAGCCAGAAAGCCUACAAAACUACAUAACUGAAAUGGAUGAAAUGGUCACAAACUUACUAAACACAGAAACAGAACAAUCCGACACACUUCAAACCGUUGCAUUCAUGAAGAAGAUAACAUACAACAUAGCUUGCACAGUUCUGUUCGGUUUUCGCGAAACACAAACCAGGGAAGAUUUCUCUGACGACCUAAGGAUAGCCCUCGCAGCAGUCUGGUCCCUUCCCCUGAACCUUCCUGGAACCGCCUUUCGCCGUGGCCUGAAAGCUCGGUCAAGGAUCGUCGAAAGGCUGAGGCCGAUCAUGAGGAGUAGGAGAGAUGGACUCGAGAAAGGGUUAUUAGAUGCUAACAGCGAAGUGAUGACGAGUCUCUUAUCGUUGAGGGAUGAGAAAGGGGAGCUGUUAAAAGAAGAAUAUGUUGUGGAUAACUUCAUCACCUUGUUGAUUGCUAGCCAUGAUACUUCUGCUAUUCUUUUGAGCUUGAUGGUUUGGAAGAUGUCCACGGAUAAAGAUGUUUAUAACAGAGUGCUGGAAGAGCAAAUGGGAAUUCUGAGAGGGAAAGGAGGAAUGGAGGAAAGUUUAAAAUGGACGGAUAUACAAAAGAUGAAAUAUACGUGGAGAUUUGCGCAAGAGAUAAUGAGAGUUAUUCCUCCUGCAUUCGGUAGCUUUAGGAAGGCAAUUAAAGAUACAACCUUUGGAUCUUUUGACAUUCCUAAAGGCUGGCAGGUGUUUUGGGUAUCACACGGAACUCAUAUGGACGACAACAUAUUUGAAAACGCAACUAAAUUCGACCCGAAUCGAUUCGAGAACCAGUCAAAACCAGUUCCACCCUAUGCUUACGUUCCGUUUGGUGGGGGGCGACAUAGUUGUAUAGGAAACGAGUUUGCUAGAGUGGAGAGCUUGAUUAGCAUCCAUAAGUUGGUGACUAUGUUUGAGUGGUCGCCGGUGCACCCUAAUGAAGUGAUCACUCGACAACCCAUGCCUUACCCAUCCAUGGGUCUACCUAUCAAGCUCAAGCCAAGAAUUUGAUGCAAUUAAAUGCUCUUUGCUUAUUCUAUUUCGAAAUAAAAUAUGUAAAAAGUUUAUGUUAUUGUUAAUAAUAUAAUUCAAAAUUCUAAAGGCAAUUGUAACCCAAGAAAACAAGGAGACAAACCGUCUCUG